CGCGCGGCGAGGGCGCAGGCGCGCAGGGUCGAGAUGGCGGCGCGGGUGCUGGUGCGCGCCGCGGCCGGGCUCCGUCGGCAGCGCCUCCUCCCGCUGGGCCGCCUGGCCGCGCUGGGGGGGCCGGGGCAGGCGCCGGGGGGGCGGCGGGGCGGCGGGGGCGCGGGCUGGGCCGGGGCCUCGCUGCCCCCGCCGUGCCCGCGCCCGCAGUGGGCCCGCGGCUACUCGGACGCGCCGACGCUGACCUUGAAGGGCAUCCACGACCAGGUGCUCUACGUGCUGAAGCUCUACGACAAGAUCGACCCCGAGAAGCUGACGGUCGACUCGCACUUCAUGAAGGACCUGGGCCUGGACAGCCUGGACCAAGUGGAGAUCAUCAUGGCCAUGGAGGACGAGUUCGGCUUCGAAAUUCCAGAUGCGGAAGCAGAGAAGCUGAUGAGUCCUCAAGAUAUCAUAGAUUACAUUGCUGACACGCAAGAUGUGUAUGAAUGAGUUUCUGUCAAGCUGAGUAAUUACUGUUCUGUUCCGAGAGCUGGAUGAUGUGAUCGGGGAGGAUGAUCCUGGCAAGCCAGCCCCUUUGCUGUUUGGAAUCACUGUGGCUCUCAGAAGAAGAGUUUUGUUUGUUAUAUUUAAAGCUGUAUAUGUUUGCCUUCAGAAUAAAUAUGAGUAAUUCUUCUC